UAUUUUACACGUCUCGGAGCUCGGCAAUGAGGGGAGAUACCCUCAUGCCCUCCGCACCGUCGACAUAGCCCCGUGGAACCUUUCCGUCUGAUGUAACUUGGACCAGGACAACUAGUAUCAUGACGAAAUUGGCAAUGAACAUCUGUAGCGAUGGCAAGUGCGACGAAAGUGAAAUGUCGUUCAACGAUACGAAAAUGAGAAGAUGGCGGAGUCCUCCGUUCUGAUACAAGAAUGGCCAUCGAGACCGCAUCAUGGCCUUUUCCAUUGGUAGCAUCUCACAGGCACGCACAUAAGCCCGUCACCUUCUCUCGUUACCACAAUGGCAGCCAAAACCGUCAUCUCGUUCCUGGCAGCCGUCUACGCUCUAGGCGCCUCCGCGCAGCAGACAUGUAAAGUCACCCCCGACGAUGCUGCAUGGCCGUCCGACGAGGACUGGUCGGCGCUGAACGCAACAAUUGACGGCGUUCUCAUCAAGACUCGGCCCGCCGCGUCCUCCUGCUAUGCGGGAAACCCGUUCGGCUCCACGCAGUCGUGCGAAGACGUCGAGAAGGGAUGGGGUUACUCCGCCUAUCACGCAUCCCUUCCCGAGUCCAUCGACUCCCCCAUCUAUGCCAACAACUCGUGUCUCCCUCCGAGUGAGUCCGCGGCCAAGGGUUGCGAGAUUGGCGGCUCGCCGCAGUAUGUUGUGAACGCCACGACGGAGGAGCAAGUUGCCACUGCCAUGGGCUGGGCCAGCUCGCGGAACAUCCGCAUCGUCAUCAAGGGGACUGGGCACGACCUCAACGGCCGCUCUUCCGGCGCCUACUCGCUGUCCAUCUGGACUCACAACUUCAAACAACUCGAAUACCACCCCGAGUGGAGAUCUCCCAGCGAUAACAGAACCGAGACGGCACUCACCCUGGGAAGCGGCCACAACUGGGGCUCUGCCUCUCGAGGAGCAGCCAAGUUCGGCAAGGUCGUCGUCGGGGGCGUUGACGAGACAGUCGGAGUCGGCGGACAUAUGCAGGGAGGCGGCCACGGUCCCCUCUCGAGCACAUACGGCCUCGCAGCAGACCAGAUCCUGCAAGUGCGCGUCGUGACGACCGACGGCCAGAUCCUCGUCGCCAACGAGGCGCAAAACCAGGACCUUCUCUGGGCCGUCCGCGGCGGCGGCGCCGGCCAGUAUGGUCUCGUCUCCGAGUACGUCAUCAAGGCGAACCCCCCGCCGGGCAAUGUUGUCUCGAGCGGCAUCCAAGUAUCGGCCGUUGGCAACGACACUGCCUCCAGAGAGGCGGCUUGGAGAGGUGCCGCGGCCCUGCUCGCCAGUGUGCCUGACUUGAUGGACGCGACCCUCACCGGGACCGGCAUGUUCAGCGCCGGAGCUCUACCCGCCAACUCGUCCGAGACUGUCCGCAAGGUCAGUGCCUCCAUUGGCUUCUUCGCGUACAACACAACAGCAGAGAAGAUGGCCUCGCUCCUCGAGCCCGUCAGAUCCCGCAUCCUUGCUGAGGUGGGCAACAACUCCGUCUCCAUCACCCUGAGCGAGCCAUCGUCGCAGCCUGACUUUAUGAGCUUCUUCGAGAGCCUGAACACGUCGCCCAGCACAGCCGGGGCUGGGAUGAUGACGAGUCGCCUCCUCGGACGCAAGGAACUCGUGGAGACUCCGGUGUCGGCCGUCUCUGCGUACCUCCAGCGUCUCAACGUGCCGCAGAACCCCACGGGUAGCGCCCUCAUGGUCAUCGGUCUGCAAGGCGGGCUGGGGCCUCGCAACGUCCCCGAGGUGAUGCGAGGUGCCCUCAACCCGAUGUGGCGCUCUACAUACAUCCACCUGAUGAGCUACGGCGCGUCGGCGGAUCCCAACGCAGCGCCCCAGGAGGCUCUCGAUGGUGUAGCGCAGUGGCUGGAAGAGACAAAGGAGCCCAUCUGGCGCGAGUGGGCACCAGGUGCUGGCUCAUACAUGAACGAGGGCAACGCUUUUGACUCCAUGUUCAAGGAAGACUUUUACGGUGCUUCCUACGACCGUUUGGUUGAGAUCAAGAGAAAGUAUGACCCUACAGAGAGUCUGUUCGUCUUGUCGGGUGUCGGAAGCGAUGCUUGGGACUACAAUCUCAAUACUGGCAAGUUGUGCAAGUCGGCCUAA